AUGAACUCCCUGGACCAGGCUGAGGCUCCAGGUAGAACACUAUCUUUGAUGGGAAGUUGCCAAGAUCUCAAAGCUUUUGAAAGAAGACUUACUGAAUAUAUUGCAUGUUUGCAACCAGCUACAGGACGUUGGAGAAUGAUUCUGAUAGUAGUAUCAGUCUGCACAGCAACUGGUGCUUGGAACUGGUUGAUAGACCCGGAGACACAAAAGGUGUCAUUUUUCACAUCGCUUUGGAAUCACCCAUUUUUCACAAUUAGCUGUAUUACCCUCAUAGGCUUGUUCUUUGCUGGAAUACAUAAAAGAGUGGUGGCACCAUCAAUUAUAGCAGCCCGAUGUAGAACUGUUUUGGCAGAAUAUAAUAUGUCCUGUGAUGAUACUGGAAAAUUAAUUUUGAAACCUAGGCCUCAUGUUCAAUAAGGGUUGUCUCCCUUCAUUUUUUUCCACUGCCAUGGAAACCAAAAAUGACCUUUUUAAAGGUAGUACGACAGCAAAAAACUAACAGGACUGGUUGUCACUGCCUGGGAGUGAGUCUUACACAGUCGACAGUGAAAGUGUGCAAUAUUUCUUUCUCGAAUAUUUAUCCAAAUUCUUUGUUCAUAUUAUCAGUGCUUUUGCUACUUCUGAUUACCUCUUUUUUCAGUAUUAAUGUCACUUUUUUACUUCAGCUAGAACAGAACAUACAGGUGAAGUAUGUUAAUCAGCUAUGAAUUUGAACUUGAAAAUCAAACCUCAUUUGUGUCAUGUGUCUCUAAGUUCUUGUAAAUAGCAGAAUGAUGCCAGUGUUCAGGAAAAGAAGUAAGACUUGCUGUAUGGAUUUUCUUGUUCUCGUGAACAGUAUUGAAAGGAACACUUACCAUUCCCGUGAUGUUUUAUUGGCACAUUUACUCAUUACAGCUGUUCUUGUCUCCUGGUCACUCUUUAUGAACUGGUUCAAAGGCUUGCAAAAAGACUGUCUGUCUGUGCUGGAGAAAACUGGUCUUACCAUUUAUGAA